CCUGUAGGACAGGUUUCCCUGAAGUGUACAAAAGAGAGACGUAUGUCCAGUGCUCAGAUCAUCAUCAUUCAUAACAUUUCACAAAGCUUUAGGAAGCUUCAUCUUUGCAGCUGGCAAUAAAGUUUGAUUUUGGGGAUUAACAUGCAAUUCUGAUUUUAACAAGGACUGAUCAGUUUUAACAGGACUUCUACGCUAGGUUUGAAGCACAGAACGACGUGGUGGCGAGGAAGACCACCCCUCCUCCCAACGACCAGGUGCUCUGUCUUACCACGGCUGAUGUGAGGAAAACUCUAUGUAGAGUCCACGGAAGGCUGCUGGACCAGACAACAUUCCUGGUAGAGUGUUCCGAGGAUGUGCAGACCAGCUGGCAGAUGUUCUUACCAACAUCUUCAACAUCUCUCUGAGCAGCGCCGGUUCUCACCUCCUCCCUUCAUUAAUCCCUUUAUAGUAUAUAUAUAUUGAUCCAAGAGAGUUUGGGAAAGACUAUUAAAUGGCGAAACAUGUAAAGCGAGUGAAACGCAGGUUGAUUUUGGGGACUUUCAUCAUGGUCAUGGGUUUCUACUUUUUUAUGGCACCAACACUCCUUGCUACAUUUGGUGUUUCUCCGGCCCCGUGUGUUCAAGACACAUCAAAUAAUUGGUGGAAUAAUUCUCCAGUCUCCAAGAGCGUUUCCAAAGAGGCCUGUAGGCCAAAAGUGAACCUGAUGUUCAUGAAAACCCAUAAGACCGCCAGCAGUACUGUGCUCAACAUUCUCCUCCGCUUUGGAGAAAAGCACCAGUUGAAGUUUGCUCUCCCAGAUGAUCGCAACGACUUUUUCUACCCCUCUAGUUUCUUUCGAACUCAAGUGAAGGGCUACCAGCCAGGUUUGUGCUUUAAUAUCGUGUGCAAUCACAUGCGAUUCAAUGCACCUGAAGUGGAGAAGCUUCUUCCAGCAGAUGCAUUCUUCUUCACCAUCUUAAGAGACCCCGCAGAGCUGUUUGAGUCAUCGUUUCACUACUACAAAGGGUGCGUGCCCCAAACAUGGAGAAUACCGGGGAAAAACCAACUUAAAGAGUUUCUCUCAAACCCAAACUGCUACUUCAACCCAGAGGGAAUCAAUGCUUUCUAUCUAAAGAACUUACAGAUUUUUGACUUUGGCUUGGAGAACAAUUUGGGAGUUGGCGAUCCAAGAGUGCAACAAGGCAUUGAAUACAUUGCGAAACGCUUUCAAUUAGUCUUAAUUGCAGACCAUUUCGAGGAGUCGCUCAUUUUACUAAAAGACGCUCUUUGUUGGCAGAUGGACGAUUUGCUCUAUUUUAAACUUAACGCUCGACAUGUCAUGUCUGUAUCUCCACUCGACCCUGAACUCAAGGCCAAAGCUCGCGAAUGGAAUGGCGCCGACUGGAGACUCUAUCAACAUUUCAAUGCCACAUUCUGGGCGCGGGUGGAGGCCUACGGUCGGACCCGAAUGGAGGAGCAGGUGAAGGAGCUUCGCAGGAGAAACGCAGAGGUGGAGACCAUCUGCAUCGACGGUGGGGUGGCCGUGGAGGCAGCGGACAUCACAGAUGGACGUAUGAAACCCUGGCAACCCAUUGGAGAGGCUUCGAUACUGGGGUACAACCUGAGGACUGACAUAGACCAAGAGUAUCAAGAGCUCUGCCGAAAAAUGCUCACACCUGAGAUACAGUAUUUGUCAAAUUUAGGAGUCAAUUUAUGGAAAACGAGGUUAUGGGGCUGGUUAAAAGACAACAUUUUGUAAUUGUAGAACGUUUUGUUCAAUUUGUGUUGAGUUAGAUUUAUUGAUUCAUAUAUUUAUAUUGAUAUUACACAAAUAGUUAUAAAUAAUCGGCUGUAUUUAUUGUUUAAACAAACAUAAACUUUUAUGACCUCAUAUUACUUUAGCACAUGUUUAUAUAUUUACAGUAGCUUCUUCAUGAUGGCGAAAAGAUGGUGAUUAACUUGAAUGGUGACCAGUUAUGUGAUCAAAGAUUUACACUUUCCCUUAUCAACUAUGUACAUUUUAACCUGAAAUAUUGAUAACAUUUCUAAAGCAUGAUGGCUCUGUGCUUUUGUCCCAUUGUUAUCUCUUCAAUCUGUGUCACUGUUUUUAACUUGGUUGUUUUGAAAUGGUUAUUACUGAACAUUAAUUCUGCUGAAUGUUUUAAGGCAAUAUUGAGGUUGGAAUUGAGUUUUACGUGUAGAUGUAAAAUAUAUAGUUAGCCUAAAGCCGAAAUAGUCUAAAUAUAUAUAUUGGUUAGUUUUAGGGUUUGGUUUAAAACAUAGUAUAAAUCCCUCCAUUAAAUGUCAGUAGUGUCCUGGUUUAUUAAACUAAU